AAACCCAAAAUCUUCCUUACGGUGCUUCCAUUUUCGUUCUUCAGUUCGCGCUGUGUUCGUUGGUAGUGCUGCCAUUUUCUCUUCUUCAAUUCUUGCCAUGUAAUGAAACACAUUCCUACUUCUAUAGAUUUAUACGAUGUCCUCACCACUCUGUUCGUCAAUUCGGGCAUUGGCACCGCAGUGUUGGCGGCGGACGAACUUGAGAUUCUUCAUAUUGCUUCAAUCCAAGAGAUGUGUAGGCUUCGCGCCUCGCUUCGUUGCUUGUUUGAGCAGUAAUGACGACUCUGUUGCAAUCCCCAAACCGGUGCCGCUCGCCUUCGAUCCUGUGGAGGAGAUGUACGGACUUGGCGUCGAUUUAAAACCAAGGAAUUCAAAUUCCAGCGCUCCUGAACCCAGGUCCUGGUUUGGCCCAAAUGGUCAGUAUAUUAGAGAGCUACCUUGUCCAAGUUGCCGAGGCAGGGGCUAUGCGCCGUGUACGGAAUGUGGAAUUGAAAGAUCCCGUGCAGACUGUUCCGUGUGUAAUGGAAAGGGAAUAGUGACCUGCCACCAAUGCUUGGGAGAUCGUGUCAUAUGGGAAGAGUCCAUUGAUGAACGACCAUGGGAGAAAGCACGCUCCACUUCUCCAUUAAGAAUGAAGGAAGACGAUGAAGUUGAUAACUUGGAAAUAAAGCUGGAAGAAAAGAAGAAAUCAAAGCGUGUUUACCAAUCACCUCCUCCUGAAGUUGGAUUGAAGAUCAGCCGAUCAUUAAAAAGUCUCAAUGCCAAAACAGGUCUAUUUAGUAAGAGAAUGAAGAUUAUCCAUCGUGACCCCACUCUUCAUGCCCAGAGAGUGGCAGCAAUUAAGAAAGCCAAAGGAAGUGCUGAAGCAAGAAAACGUACUUCUGAAGCUUUGAAAGCAUUCUUCAGUGAUCCAAAAAAUCGUCAAAAGCGGAGCAUUUCAAUGAAAGGAAUAAAAUUUUACUGUAAAAACUGUGGACGUGAGGGGCAUCGAAGACACUAUUGUCCAGAACUUAAGGACGAUUCAAUCGAUAGGCGGUUCAGAUGUCGAGUAUGUGGAGAGAAGGGCCAUAACAGAAGGACCUGUAAGAAGUCUAGGUUGAAUAGUAAACCAAUGAGCGCAGGUGUUAAGAAGGGUCACAGCAGGAGAAACUGUUCGAAGUCCGAGAUGAGAAAUCCAAAUAAAGGUACACAUUAUCCCCAACAUCAGAAUCCUGGCAAUGUGUUGAGCCUGAAUUUGAUCAAUGGAGAUAGGAUGACUAAUGAAAGCAGCAGAGUGAGGCAGUAUCGUUGUCGGAUCUGCGAAGAAAAUGGUCACAAUCGGCAGAAUUGUCCCAAUAUCGACACGAAAGUUAACCAUACAACUCGUAGAAAAACAUACAGCUGCAAACUAUGUCAUGAAAAAGGGCAUAACAGUAGAACAUGCCCAGUUAUAAACAUGAACAAUCUACAGAAAAAUUCUCCCGGCGCUGUAAACCAAUGAACUUUCUUGUUGUAUGGUGUCGUCAUCUUCAUGCAUACUCUAAGGGAAAUGAUUGAGCUGGACGCCUUGGAUCGGGUGUGAUUGUUUGUGUUUGAU